AUGAUACUAAUGGUGAUAAUUUUCCUGCUGAUUCUAUUCUGGGAAAACGAGCUGUAUGAGGAAGUAGCGGUGUCAACCAUAGAGCACUUGCAUGUGGACUACCCUCAGAGUAACAUUCGUGUAAGGUACUGCAAUCACAUGAUCAUACAAAGAUUCAUCAAGGAACCUGACAGCACCUGCAAGAAGGAGCACGUCUUCAUCCAUGAGAGGCCUCGAAAAAUCAAUAGUGUUUGCACUUCUCCCAAGAAGAUGGCUUGCCAAAACCAUUCCAGCAUUUUAUGCUUCCAGAGUGAGACAAGGUUCAAAAUGACGGUCUGUAAGCUCAUUGAAGGUGUCAGGUAUCCUGCCUGCAGGUACCACAUUUCCCCGAUGGAGGGAUUCAUUCUGGUCACUUGCGAUAAUAUAGGGCCAGUUACUUUCCAGAAAUAUGUUGAAUAA